AUGCUUGAAAAUAAUUUCGAAAACUGUAAUUCAUCAAUAGAUCCAUCUCAUUCGCAAUUUAUUAACAACAAGUCGAAUAAGUCACAAAAAGUUGAACAACAUUGUAUUAUUAAUGAUGAGAAUACUGAAGUUAUAAUUGAUUCGGAGAAUGAAGAAGAAUUUAGUUCAAGCGAACUGAGUGAAGAUGAAGAAGAAGAAGAAGAAAAUGAUGAUGACAACGAAGUAGAAAAUAUGUCUAGUGAAAAUAAUUUUCAAAAAGGUAAUAUUAUUCAAUCAUUGAAUCAAUGUAAUUGUCCACCUAAUUUACAUAAUCUAUUCAAUACAACUCAAAAUGUUAAUGUCACUUUUUAUCAACCGGAAAGUGUUGUAGAAGUAAUGCAAAUGAAUAAUGACCACUUGAUUACACAAACAAUGGCUGCUCUUGCUGCUAAAUAUCGACCUACAAAAUCUAUUGAUUCUCCGCCAACUGAAAGUGAAAUUUUAUCUUUUAUUGGUCCAUGUCCAUUAUAUUCUUUGUCAUCUUCAUUUGGUCUUGAUAUGCAUCAUGGUCUUUCUCAUUUUCCUUGUCGAGAUAUAUUUGUUGAUGAUCGAAAUCAUAUUCCGUCUCGUCCACUUUGGCAACAUUUAACAUCAUCUCAUAAUUUAAAUCUUUCAUCAUCAUCUCUUCUUAUAUCUCAUCUUCUUCUUCAUGGUUAUUCAUUACCAUGUCCAAUAUUAUUUAAUUCACAUAAUACAAAAAAUAUUCUUCGUACAACACCACGUUAUUCAUUAAUUAAAAAAUGUCCUUUAACUACUUAUGGUGUUUAUGGUAUUCAAUAUGAACAUGGUACACGUUUAUGUUCGGGUUAUACAUAUAAUACAAAUAUUUAUUCACAUUUAAUAUCAUUUCAUAAGAUGACGCAUAAUGCAUCAUUAUGUUUAUCACGUGCUAUUGCAUUUCAUGAUAAACAAUUUAAAUUUAAAUUUGAUGAAAUUAUUGUUAGUGAAUCUAGAAAAUGUCCUGUAUUGAAAUUAUGUCAAAUAAAAGAAUCUUCUAGAGUAAAUCAUCAUCAAUGUCAUCAUCUAUUAAAAAAAGUUAUUAAAAAAAAACCGGUGAAAAAUAUUUUAAAUUAA